GGGGAAGAGAGAGAAGGGAGAGAUUCCAGGUCUCUCUCUGCUGCUCUCUCCACUUUGGGUACUUGUACCCAGUCUGGCUCAAUGGGGCUUCAGCACUAAGGGGUUAAACGCAAAAAUAAAAUAUAUGUAUUAACCCCGUACCCCUUUUAGGUUUUAUGCAUUAACACAGAUAGACAACGCACCAAGGAAAGUCUUCGGCAGAGAGGUAACGACGUCUCCAGAGGCGUACCUUUUUGUCUGCUGCCUCACAGACGGUUCAGUCAGGCUCCCCUUGUCGGCUGGAUUUCUGUGAGAGGAUAUCCACCAUUCCCCAGAUUCACAGAUCGUCCAGGCUGGCAAUUUACUGCAACACUAUGGAUAUAAGAGAUUGUCCUUUCCGGAAAAAACGAAGACCGUGGCGCACGAACUUCUCAUCAUUUGCCUUGUUCACCGUGGCUCUCGUUUUGUUCCAAACAACGGUAGUUUUGGCAGAUCCAGUGGACGUGCUGAGAGCUCUACAGGUUCCCUCUCUCCCCGAGGGUGUGAAAAAAGUCCCUGGUUUCUGCACAUCUCGCCGCUCUAGUAGUCCUGAUCAUGCAUAUCGCAUCACCAAGAAGGCCCAGAUCUCUGCCCCCACCAAGCAGCUCUUUUCAGGGCGUUUCCCGGAGAACUUCUCUAUCAUGGCUCUUGUCAAAGCUCAGGCUGGUCUGCAAGCCUUCCUCCUCUCCAUCUACAGUGAGCAGGGCAUUCAGCAGCUGGGUAUUGAACUGGGACGUUCGCCCGUCUUCCUCUACGAGGAUCAGAAUGGCAAGCCAGCUCCUGAAGACUACCCACUUUUCAGAGGGGUCAACCUGGCUGAUGGCAAGUGGCAUCGCAUCGCUCUCUCUGUGUCCAAGAAAAACGUGACAUUGCUGCUGGACUGUAAGAAGAAGAUGACCCGUCCUCUGCCCCGCAGCAAUGAUGCUGAGGUUGACACUAACGGCAUCACAGUGUUUGGAACUCGCCUGCUUGAUACUGAAGUUUUCCAGGGAGACAUCCAACAACUGUUGAUUGCCUCCAAUCCUCAAGCUGCGUAUGAUUUCUGUGAACAUUACAGCCCAGACUGUGACUCCCCUCUGCCCAAAACCCAGGCUCAAGACCCCAACACAUAUAAAAAGGCGCCCAAUGGGAAAACUGCCCCCACAAAAUCCCCUCUCAUAAAACCCAAACCCACACCAUCUAAAGCAAAGAAGACUGGACCAUAUAAACUAGUUGUCAAACCCCCUUUGCCUACUAAAGCAUCCAAGUCAACCAAAACAAAACCCACUGCUGCAGAUACCUUUAUGUCUAAGAUCAAACCAACAUCAGCAACUAAAUCUAAACCUACAAGUGUUCCGGUUACAAAUGGCAUUGGUAACAAAGCAGCGCAAAAGAAACCAAACAGUGCAGCAAAAUCCAAUGGCAAUGGAAAGGAAAGUUUAGUAAAGCCAAAUAGCAAUGGCAAGGAUGGAACCAAACCAACAACUCCAUCCAAGGUGAAUGGCAAUGGUAAAGGCAAGAUUGUCAUUGAAAAAAAACUCGACGUAAAGUUUCCAUCUGAGAAGAAAGCCAAUGGGAACGGAAAAGCUGCUGUUUUGUCAAAGGAAAAAGCGAAUGGAAAAGCUGAAAACAAAAUCAGCAAUGCGGCUAAGGCCAAUGGCAACAACAAACAUAUGUCUUUGUUAGAAAAAAAAAAUGUCAACAAAGGAGCUGGGGGUCAGGCAAAACUUGAAACCACUACAAAACCAGUUACUGAAAAAGUUUUGAAAACAAAUAAAUUAGAAGCUACAAAAGCACCAAAACCUACAAAAAUUUUGAAGCCUCAGCCUACAAAAGUUACAAAAAAUCCAACUGUUAAAACUUUUGGGAAAGCUGAGGUCAAACAUGCGGCAAAAGUUAAAACAUUUCCCCCUAAAGUUUCUACUGUCAAAAAAGUACCAAACAAAACAGUGGUCAAAAAGUUUCCCAUUUUAACAAAAGUAGCUUCAACACCCACCCCCCGACCCACUCCACCCAGACCCAGCAAAUCCAAGGUGACUGCGGACAGUAAUGUCAAAUCCCAGCACAGAGCUUUCCCACCGUUCGGCAAGACUUUCCUGAGUGGAACUGCAGUCCCAGGGAAGAGUGCCGCCGGCAGUUUUCAACAGGAUGUAGACACUGAAAAUUCUGAGGCUGGCCACACCCCUACAGAGACCGAUUAUUUCUAUGAAGGGAUGAUCCCACAGCCAGAGGGUGAAGUGAUUGGACAAGAAGAGAUUUCGGUUCAGCCCCAGGUGGAGCCAGAGGUGCUGGGGGAAGAGGUAGAUGCCAACAAGGCAGGCGCUGUGGGAGGAGACGUCUUCAAUGAGGAGUAUGUGACUGGAGAUGUGGGCCUUAAGGAAUACGACUAUUCCUACAAGGACUACAGUGAUCCACUUCCAGAGACUGGAAACAUUGAUGCCUACAUGGGCCCCGCUUUGUCCGCUGUGACAGAUGAGGGAGGCGCUGCUGUUCGAAGCCAAAAGGGAGAGAAAGGAGAGCCCGCUAUUCUAGAACCUGGAAUGCUGAUUGAUGGACCUCCAGGGCCUGAAGGGCCUGCUGGUCCUACUGGACCACCUGGACCCUCUGGACCUCCUGGUUCUGUUGGUGACCCUGGAGAGAGAGGUCCUCCUGGAAGAGCUGGUUUGCCAGGAGCAGAUGGAGUUCCUGGACCUCCUGGAACUUCAGUCAUGCUACCUUUCCGCUUUGGUCAGAGUGGAGGAGAUAAGGGUCCUGUUGUUUCUGCUCAGGAGGCCCAGGCAGCAGCUAUCUUAUCCCAGGCUAGGAUGGCUCUGAAAGGACCUCCUGGACCAAUGGGAUUCACUGGACGACCUGGACCUCUAGGAAGUCCAGGAAGUCCAGGUUUGAAAGGAGAGGGUGGAGAUCCUGGUCCACAGGGUCCAAGAGGACCACAGGGUGUGAUGGGUCCUCCAGGCAAAUCAGGAAGAAGAGGUCGUGCUGGUGCUGAUGGUGCAAGAGGAAUGCCAGGAGAGCCGGGAACAAAGGGUGACCGUGGCUUUGAUGGUCUUCCUGGUUUGCCUGGGGACAAAGGACACAGAGGAGAUUCAGGACCACUGGGACCACCAGGAUCUCAAGGAGAGGACGGAGAGAGGGGAGAUGAUGGGGAUGUUGGACCCAGAGGACUCCCAGGUGAACCCGGACCUCGUGGUUUGCUUGGACCAAAAGGCCCACCUGGAAUCGCUGGACCUCCUGGUGUACGAGGAAAUGAUGGACCCCAUGGUCCUAAGGGAAAUUUGGGUCCUCAAGGAGAGCCAGGACCGCCUGGGCAGCAAGGAACUCCAGGAACUCAGGGAAUGCCUGGACCUCAGGGAGCUAUUGGACCUCAUGGAGAGAAAGGUCCCACUGGAAAACCAGGUUUGCCAGGAAUGCCUGGAGCUGAUGGCCCACCUGGUCACCCAGGAAAGGAAGGGCCUCCUGGUACCAAAGGGAACCAGGGUCCCAAUGGUCCUCAGGGAGCUAUUGGUUAUCCUGGCCCUCGAGGCAUCAAGGGAGCUCAAGGAAUCCGGGGGCUAAAAGGCCACAAGGGAGAGAAGGGAGAAGAUGGUUUCCCAGGAAUUAAAGGAGAUUUUGGUGUCAAAGGAGAAAGGGGUGAGGCUGGCUUACCAGGACCAAGAGGGGAAGAUGGUCCUGAAGGGCCCAAGGGCCGUGUCGGACCGCCCGGUGAGAUUGGACCAAUUGGAACUGUUGGAGAAAAGGGUAAACUUGGUGUUCCUGGACUUCCUGGAUAUCCUGGAAGACAAGGACCAAAGGGGUCACUGGGUUUCCCUGGUUUCCCGGGUUCAAACGGCGAGAAGGGAACAAGGGGUGUUUCUGGAAAACAAGGACCAAGAGGACAAAGAGGGCCAACGGGACCCAGAGGACAAAGAGGACCAAGGGGAGCCACUGGAAAAGCAGGAGCCAAGGGAACGUCUGGCAGUGAUGGCCCCCCUGGUCCUCCCGGAGAAAGGGGAUUGCCUGGGCCUCAAGGAGCCAAUGGUUUCCCAGGACCAAAAGGACCUCCUGGACCUCCAGGAAAGGACGGACUUCCUGGACAUCCUGGGCAAAGAGGAGAAGUUGGCUUCCAAGGUAAAAUGGGGCCACCUGGACCUCCUGGGGUUGUUGGACCUCAAGGACCAUCGGGAGAGACAGGCCCAAUGGGUGAGCGUGGCCAUCCAGGACCUCCAGGUCCACCAGGGGAGCAGGGACUGUCUGGUCCCUCAGGAAAAGAAGGCACCAAGGGGGAUCCUGGACCCCCAGGAGGACCUGGAAAAGAUGGUCCCCCAGGAUUGAGAGGCUUUCCCGGAGAGAGAGGACUGCCUGGGACCCCUGGUGGAGGAGGACUAAAAGGAAGUGAAGGCCCUGCUGGACCUCCUGGACCUGCUGGCUCUCCUGGUGAGAGGGGACAAGCUGGACCUGGUGGACCAGUUGGUGCUCCUGGAAGACCUGGCCCUCAGGGGCCACCUGGACCAGCUGGAGAGAAGGGAGUUCCAGGAGAAAAAGGCCCUAUUGGCCCAGCGGGUCGGGACGGACUACAAGGGCCAGUGGGUCUACCUGGCCCUGCUGGACCACCUGGGGUACCUGGAGAAGAUGGAGACAAGGGUGAGGUUGGAGAGCAUGGUCAGAAAGGAGCCAAAGGAGGAAAAGGGGAACAUGGUCCUCCUGGACCACCUGGACCUGGAGGUCCUGUUGGCCAACCUGGUCCUGCAGGGGCUGAUGGAGAGCUUGGACCAAGGGGCCAGCAGGGGCCGUUUGGAGCUAAAGGUGAUGAAGGCUCUAGAGGAUUCCCAGGUGCUCCAGGACCCAUUGGACUUCAGGGACUCCCAGGACCCUCGGGCGAGAAGGGAGAGACUGGAGAUGUUGGACCUCUUGGUCCUCCAGGCCCUCCAGGACCACGUGGCCCAGCUGGACCUAAUGGAGCUGAUGGCCCUCAAGGUCCUCCUGGUGGUUUGGGUAAUCCUGGACCUAUUGGAGAGAAGGGAGAGCCUGGUGAGUCUGGUCCACCUGGAGUAGUAGGAGAGCCUGGAAAGAAGGGUCCUCGUGGAGAACGUGGAGAGAAGGGAGAGGCCGGACAACCUGGAACCCCUGGACCUGCUGGAGGACGAGGACGCCCUGGAGACGAUGGACCCAAAGGAAACCCGGGUCCUGUUGGUUUCCCCGGAGAUCCUGGUCCAACUGGUGAGGUUGGACCCAGAGGUCAGGAUGGCGCCAAAGGAGAAAGAGGAGAGGAUGGUGAACAAGGGGAAGCCGGCUCCCCAGGACCUCCUGGUGAAAAUGGACCACCUGGCCCCCUAGGAAAGAGGGGACCUGCUGGAACAAGAGGACCAGAGGGGCGUCAAGGAGAGAAAGGAACUAAAGGUGAUCCAGGUGCAGUUGGGCCUCCAGGAAAGACCGGUCCUGUUGGUCCUCAGGGUCAACCAGGAAAACCUGGAACAGAAGGUCUCAGAGGACUCCCAGGAUCAGUGGGUGAACAAGGAUCUCCAGGAGCUGCUGGGCAGAAAGGACCACCUGGACCUGUGGGGCCUGCUGGCUUGCCUGGUCUGCGUGGAGAUCCUGGUGCCAAAGGAGAGAAGGGACACCAGGGUCUUAUUGGUCUGGUUGGAGCCCCAGGAGAGCAGGGGGAGAAGGGAGACAGAGGUCUGCCUGGACCCCAGGGAUCUACUGGAGCCAAGGGAGAGCCUGGAAUGCCAGGAGGAACUGGACCUCUGGGCCCAAGUGGACCACCUGGUCUUCCUGGUACUCCAGGUGUCAAAGGAGCAAAGGGGGCCACUGGAGGAGCAGGUCCAAAGGGAGAGAAGGGUGUUCAGGGACCUCCUGGACCUCCAGGCCCACCAGGCGAGGUCAUUCAGCCACUGCCAAUCCUGAGGAGUCCCAAAUCCAAACGCUCCAUCGAUGCCAGCCAGGUGCUGACUGAGUUUGACCCUGACAUGCCUGCAUCUGAUGCUGCUGGCACAGAGUUCACGAUUGGUAAUGAAGGCAUGGAGGAGAUCUUCGGCUCCCUCGACUCGCUUCGACAAGAGUUGGAGAGCAUCCGUUUCCCUCUGGGCACUCAGGACAGCCCAGCCCGCACCUGCCAGGACCUGCACCUCAGCCAACCAGACCUCAAAGACGGAGAGUACUGGAUUGAUCCAAACCAGGGCUGCUCCAGAGACUCCUUUAAGGUCUUCUGUAAUUUCACAAAAGGAGAGACAUGCCUCCAUCCCAGCAAGGGCAUCGACUCGGUGAAGAUGAGCUCCUGGGACACUGAGACCCCAGGCUCGUGGUACAGCCAGUUUGUCACAGGAAGUAAAUUUUCUUACGUCGAUGCCAGUGGUGAGCCCGUAGGCGUGGUCCAGCUGGGUUUCCUCCGCCUCCUCAGCGUCCAGGCCCGACAGAACCUCACCUACCACUGCCACCGCUCUGUGGCCUGGGCUGACCGCAGCGCCAAAAACAACCACAAGAGAGCACUGCACUUCCGCGGCGCCAACGAUGAAGAGCUGAGCUAUGAGACCAACCCUUAUAUCAAAGCUUUGAAGGAUGGCUGCUCUUACCGUAAGGGCUUUGACAGGACAAUCCUGGAGAUCAACACACCGCAGGUGGAGCAUCUUCCUCUGUUGGACAUCCAGGUGUCAGACUUUGGGGAGAGCAACCAGCAGUUUGGCUUUGAAGUGGGACCUGUCUGUUUCCAAGGAUAAACACAAGCACACAGAGAACAACACAUGCAAACACUCACACGCACACACACGCAUGCACUUAGAGAGACACUACUAUGAUAAACCUACAUGCCCAGUAAUUUGUAAAUUAACUUGUAAAUGAUAUAAAAGCCACAUACCCACACAGACACACACUUGUGUACGCAGAAGCUGUUGUGAGACAAACACACUCGCUCUCGUGCACAGCUGGGGAAAGCGACAUCCCCCAGCAAGUAAAGGACGACCAAAAAGAAAAGAGGAGAAAAGUAAGAAAAACUUGUGAAGAGGAGGAAACAUCAACGGGGAGCGUGACUGUGAGGAAAAAACCUGGAGGGAGGCAACAACAAGAAGCCGACCUGAGAUGAAGAGCAAGCCGGCAGCCUGAGGCCUGACACCCCUGACUCCAGCCCCCCCCCUUUCACUCCUCUCUUCUCCCCGCUGACACUCUUUUCAUUCCCACUCAUCCUUUCUGCUCUACCUCCCCCUCUCCAUCCUCACAAAAAGGGUCACAGUCAGCUUUUGUUUCUACGUUCACACUGCAGGCAGCAUGACUGACGUUCUUCUACCUGAUGAUGAGUCAUUCCAGCUGUUCCUUCCUUUAGACAUCAAAAGUUUCAAACCAAAUCUGAAGUCAGGCUAAAGUACGGAAUACUCAGAAGAUUAGCCGUCAUGCUGCUCACAGAGUGAUGUUCAGUUUACAGACUUUUUUAAUCCCCAGAACCAAAGAAAAAUCACCAGCAGUUUUCCCUCAGAAAACACAACAGUGACCAUAUAAGACCAGGAGGUUUGUGCGGACUUGAGUGGUCUUCUCUGCUUCUUUUAAACUUAAGAAAGCUAUGCUUCCAUUCUUGUAUCUUCGCCACCUUAGAUCCCUUUGAAAAAUGUCUAAAAAUGUGACUCACGACUCAAACUGAUGACAGAUGUUUAUUCUGAUGGUGCUUUUUGAAAUCCAGAUUCCUCGCUCAACCCUGAAAGCAGCAGAAAUAUCAGAACUGCUCGUUUUCUGAACAAACGGAUUCGAUUGAAAUCAGGAAAAAUAAACAGGUGAGUGACUGAUCAGUGAUGGCCAUGCGUGCCUUCCAGAAGCACCUAUGGUUGCUCAAUCCCUGAUCAGGAAACCUGGGCGGCCUCCUCUCACCACUGCAGUAUUUGCUGAGUCACUUUUUGGAUAUUUCAAAUCUCUGUUUUUUUGCAGUCACAAUAAACAAAUGUUCUUAAGUGAAACUGUGUGGCAUGGUGCUAAUUAUUCAGAAGCCCUCCAUUUCCUGUAGUCUCUAUACAAUUUCUCAAAGCCUUUUUACGAGGGAAAUGUGCAUUACAUUCCAUUUGUACAGAACUAGUGUUAUUCUAUUGUAUUUAUUUAAAACAAACAGGGUUCUCUGAGAUUAAAGUAACAAAGAACGUUGAAUAUCUCAGUCAAAUGUGGUGUUUUUCAGUUCUAUUUAUUUGCCGCGGCUUAACUGAAGCGAGUGAAGCAUAUGUUCUGAACUUACAGCCAUCCUGAGUUGUGAUGUUUGUGUUCACUCCCCGUCCAAACUCCUUCCAUACCACCAAAGAAAAUCUGUGGCCGUGUCUUAUUGUAAUAACCCUCUAUAGUGUUUUCAUCAACUGUACUGUACUGUUACAUUUUGCUUCCAAUGAUUAAAUGGUGGCUCUCCAGUUCUGUCACACUUUUGUGUCUUUGCUGCUGUUUUUCUCACCAUUUAACAGUUUGAGACUAAACAUUAUUAUCGUGUGGCCUUCUGUUUCUGUCUGGGAGCACAGCGGUUAAGAAGAGAGUUGUGAGAGGGAGGAAACAAAGUAAAUAAUAAAAUUAGAGGGGUGGAUUUCUUACUCGGGUUCUGCUUUGGGCUUAUUUUUUUGUUUGUUUGCUUUUUUCUUUUUGUAUAUUUUAUAGCAGGAAAACAGGGAGGAAUUACCAAAUUAAAAAAAAAAAAAGAUGAUUACAGAAGAAAAUGACCUCAACUAUUUGCUUUCAGUGUGUUGACAAUGUUUCAACAUUAAAAUAAUAUGGUGCUGAAAAAAGAUGCGAUAUUUUAUAAUGUCUGUAAGUAAUUUUUAAAGAAAUUCGUGUUUCUGUAAUAUAUAAUCUUUUUAAAAAGA